GGAUUCGUGAGCAUGCGCAGUGUCGUCAUCCCUGGCUGCUGUUCAUGCUCCCACCUGUAGAGCGUUCAGGAGUCAAAACAAACAAAUCUUCUGGAAAGACCUCCUGAUAUUCAACAGCAAGCUAACUAGCUAAAGCACUUAGCUAUCCGUUACCUUCACAAAGUUGUUUCCAUGUGUUUUUGGAAACCAAGCCGCUUGUUAUAAAGUCUUUACUGUUAAACCUUUCAUUAUGGAUAACUUCAGAAAGUUUGGCUCUUCUUAUAACUUAUUUUGGUCCGUUUUCGUGGCAUAGUUGGCUAGCUAACACUGUUAGCAUAGCAUUGGUGCCUUUGACUGAAAGCCUGGCCGUCUUUAGGGGCUUGUUGGACGGCUGAAGUUUGUAACAUUCACCGCUGGUUUCCUUGAAAGCAACGCGCUCAAAAUGUCAAUCUUAGGACUGAAGAAGAAACAGCCAAAGACUUUCAAAGUCAAAGUUGUCACCAUGGAUGCAGAGAUGGAGUUCAGCUGUGAGGUGAAGUGGAAAGGCAAAGACCUGUUCGACCUGGUGUGUCGCACAGUUGGACUGAGGGAGACCUGGUUCUUUGGACUCAGGUACACAGUAAAGGACACCUACGCUUGGCUGAAACCAGAGAAACGGGUCCUGGACCAAGAGGUUCCUAAAGACUCGCCAAUAACAUUUCAUUUCUUGGCUAAAUUCUUCCCAGAGAAAGUAGAAGAGGAGCUGGUCCAAGAAAUAACUCAACACCUCUUCUUCUUGCAGGUGAAAAAGCAGAUCUUAGAUGAAGAGAUAUUCUGUUCCCCUGAAGCAUCUGUUCUGUUGGCAUCGUAUGCAGUCCAAGCCAAGUACGGGGACUAUGACCCAAAUUUCCACAAACCGGGUUUCCUGGCACAAGAUGAGCUCUUGCCAAAAAGAGUUUUAAUGCAAUACCAAAUGACAGCUGAUAUGUGGGAGGAGAAGAUUACAGCUUGGUACGCAGAGCACAGAGGCAUCGCCAGGGAUGAAGCUGAGAUGGAAUACCUGAAAAUUGCUCAGGACCUUGAGAUGUACGGGGUCAGCUACUUUGCCAUCACUCAAAAUAAGAGGGACACAGACCUGUUGCUUGGAGUGGAUGCUCAGGGUCUCCACAUCUACAGCCCCAACAGCAAACUCAACCCCAACAAGUCCUUUCCCUGGAGCGGCAUCCGCAAUAUCUCCUACAGCGAAAAAGAGUUCACAAUCAAACCCCUCGACAAGAAGAAAGAUGUGUUCAAGUUCUACUCGUCUCAGCUGCGCGUGAACAAACUGAUCCUCCAGCUGUGCAUUGGUAACCACGAUCUGUUCAUGAGGAGGAGGAAGGUUGACUCCAUUGAAGUGCAGCAGAUGAAGGCUCAAGCUAAAGAGGAGAAGGCCCGUAAGAAGAUGGAGCGGCAAAUCCUGGCACGGGAAAAACAGAUGAGGGAGGAAGCGGAAAGAGCGAAAGAAGAGAUGGAGCGAAGACUCUUCCAGCUGCAAGACGAGGCCCGACUCGCCAACGAGGCACUGCUGCGAUCGGAGGAGACGGCGGACCUUCUGGCUGAGAAGGCUCAGAUCGCUGAGGAGGAGGCCAAGCUCUUGGCCCACAAAGCUGCAGAAGCCGAGCAGGAGAGGCAGAGGUUAGAGGUCACUGCUAUGAAGACCAAGGAGGAGAAAAGGCUGAUGGAGCAGAAGAUGAGGGAGGCAGAGCAGCUGGCUGUCAAACUGGUGGAGCAGUCUGAGAGGAGGCUGAAGGAGGCAGAUCACCUGAAACAGGACCUGACGGAGGCGAAGGAUGCUGAGCGGAGAGCGAAACAGAAGCUGCUGGAGAUCACCAAAACAACAUACCCUCUUAUAGCAGCCUACUCUGCACCCCCUGCUCCUCCUGCCCCACCCGAAGCUAUCGACUGUACCUACGAAUCCGCAUCAACGCGCCUCGACUUCAAGGACUCGGACAUGAAAAGGUUGUCGAUGGAGAUUGAAAGAGAGAGGUUGGAGUACAUGGAGAAGAGCAAACACCUGCAGGACCAGCUGAAGGAGCUGAAGACGGAGAUCGAGUCUUUGAAGCUGGAGGAGCAGCAGCAGCAGGCCGGCCUCUACAACCACCGCAGUGAGGCGAGGGGAUACGUCCAAGAGCCUCCUGUCUACAUACCUCACAGCAACCGAAACUCUGCGUACAUGUCUCAGAUGGCCUUCUUCGAGGAAGUUUGACUCUUCUCCUGCAUCAUGAGAAAGAAGGACACGAGCUGUUGCGACUCUACGAUCUCCAAAUGUUUGGUUAAGUGUCCCGGCUGUGAGCAACCGACAGACACGUAGAUACACCACCACAGUGUGCUUUUGGAAAGACUUUGAAUUCAUCCUAAACAACAAACAGGCUGUGUCCUGCUCAGCUGUACCACCUGCAUCACUCCAGCACCUUCCACAUCAUCACCUGAGUUAACACUUUAACACAGUCGCACCGUGGGGGAUGGUUGCAUGAACAAGCUCUGAUCAGCUGAUGUUGUAUUUUGUGGUUUUAAGGGAUACUUAGCCGUAAAGUGGUCAGAUAUAGAAUCAAGCAUUUAUUACAAGCAGUACAUUAAUACCUGAACAGCAUUUUAUUUUGAAGGAAUUCAGUAAAAUGCAUUCAGUCAGGCUGUAGGUGGGUGUUAAACAUGGGAUGUGAUUCAGUGAUUUAAUUGUCCUUCUAAAAACAAAGUUUUGGUCGUUUUCUUUCAAACCAGCAAAGGGAUUCUUCAACGUGUCUUUUUAAAAGCAAUACCUCAAAGAAAACCAAACACUACAAUUUACAAUCACACAUCAUUAUUCUUCAAGUUGAUCCAAACAGGAACUCUGCUCUGUAUGUAUUUUGAGAAUUGACACUCACUAAAGUUACUUCUUCGACUUAAAGAAGUCUAAAUUUGACGAGCGAACGCAGGGACAGUGUCUGAAAGUGAUGAUCUUUGUUUUUGACUUUCGUUUCUGUUUGCUUGUUUCUGUUACUGAAAUCACACCGGUGCCUUCUUUUGUUCUUUUGUCUCUCGUGCCUCAUCAUGAUCGUUUUUUUUAGAAAUGUAAACGAACUCAUUUCAACUGCUCAGUGCCUUAAACUUUAUUUUUUAUUGUUAUCAUUUGAGCUUCUUGUGUUUUUUUUUUAUUCUCCCUAGCUGUAGAGUAACACUCAUUCUGGAGUUCCUGUCAGAUCUGUGUUUUGUUUUUUUAAAUUAUAGAUUGAUGGCUUGUCUUUUUUUUCUUUUUCUUUUUUUGCUUUUCAUCCUUAGCUCAUGAACUUCUCAGGGUUAGAGUCGGAGACAAUCACUGCAGCUAGAGUUUCAUUCUGUAUCGGUUUGAUAUCCACUAAUGUUUACUUUUUAAGAAGCUUUUUUUUCCUUUUUCAGUUUGCAUGAAGUCAAACACUAAUUCAUGUAGUAAAGACGGCGUGUCAGUAAACUCUGACUGUACUUCAUCCACAAAAAGGGAGAGGCUAAAUGAUCAGCCAGAGAUUCUUCACUUUUCUCUAUUCAAACCUGCUCAUCAGACUGACUAAAUGAUGGACUGAACAGAAUCAAGGGAUGAUUGGUCCAUAAACGAGUGAGAGGUUUAUCUUGUAUUUUAUUUUGAUGUGUUAAACUGCAGAGUGUUCUUUCUUUGUUACGCACACAGCCUCCAUGUUUCCCUCUGCGUCUUUAACCUUAUUUAUUUGUGCUAUAAAUCCCUGAAUAACAUCACCACACAGAUCUGCUCCACGUCUAUCAUUGUGCGGGGACUUGUUUUGCUUUUUAACAUUUCUUUUAUUUCUCUGAUGCCAAAUUCAGUUCCCAGUACUUGGAUCUACUUUGAAAUCUGAAACAGUGUUAUACUUUAAGGGAUUUGGUUUACUUUGACGUGAUACACAUUUUCAUGCUCAUCUUGCUUCUUUUCAAAUGUUUUGUAACCACAAGUUAUUUUGUGUAUGUCAUUUCAUUACAACAGUGAUCAUA